UAAUAAAACCAAUUGAACGGACAGUAUAGUCCAUCGCAAGAGAUGAAUUUCAUAGACUUGUAUACCUAAUGUAUGCUUCGCCGCUUCAUUCCCCGUCAUGAACCAGGAGCAAUAGGUUACUUACCUGACACGAUUAUAUCCCGGGGAUCUGGGUUUCUUUGCCAUAUGCGGUGCGACUAUUUGCUUACAUGCCUUAACUUACCUCUUAUAUCAAGCAGAUAUGCUCCCUCUCACAUCGAUGCUGACUCUCCCCUUCGAUGAUGCUAUACUGCAGUGCUGUAGCAUUAUGGCUACAUAGAUAGAUCUCUUAUACCCCAUCGAGACUCCAGCUUCUCCAACCCAAUUUACUCGCUUCGCAUCUGCCUGGACAGGUUGCCAGCAUCAUGACUUAUAACGAUAUAGACAUUCCGUUACCUGCAUUCAUAGCGAUCGACUGGACGGGCAUGACCAUCGCCCUGGUCCCGAUAAUUCUCCGCUUCUGGUUGCGAUCCCGGGAAUCGCAGCCGCGAACGGCGGCGCUCAACCUGUCCGACGGCCUCGUGCUGCUCUCCUGGAUCUCCGGCAUAGUGCUGAUCAGCAUCAACGCCUGGAAGAACACCCUCCGCCAGAAUUAUAUCCAUCGUCCGCCGGCCGAGCUCUACUACGGCGUUCCUAGGGAGAUGUCCGCCCACCUCCUGUACGUCUCCUGGAUCUCGCUCUUCUUCAUCUACGUCUCCCUCUGGGCCGCCAAGUUCUCGCUCCUCGCCUUCUUCGCCGACCUGCUGCAUCUGACGGAGAACCGCGCGGCGCGCGUCAUGCUCGUCUGCGCGAGCGUCUUCGCCGGCGGCACGUUCGCGCUGCACGUGGUGCUGCUGUCGGCGUGGUGCUCGCCCGUGAGCGGCAACUGGGACGUCGACGGACACCUGUGCUCCGCGGUGCACGACAUCCGGUCGGUGUCGAUAUCCACGGCGUCCAACAUCUCCACGGACCUGGUGGUCCUGGCCGUCCCGGUCUCCGCGCUGUGCACGAUGGGCCGCGAGCGCCGGGAGAUCACCAAGACGCGCCUGGGCAAGGCCGAGAUCAGCGGCAUCGUGUUCGUGCUGUGCAUGGCGGCCUUGAGCGUCGUGGCCGCGCUGGCGCGCUGGAUCACGCUGAUGCUGGUGCAGGACGCGCCCAAGGCCGAUAUCACGCAUACCAUCGACGUGUGGGCGUUGGUGGAAAUAGUGGCGAGCUUGGUGGCUGUCUGUCUGCCGAGUUUGAGGUCAUUCCUUAGGAAACGGAGACGGCGUUUUCAGCAGAUUAAAUAGUUGAAUAUCUAAUUUUACAUAGUUCAGUUUACAAAAGGUAUCCAAGUAAUUGCCCUCAACUUUGGAGUUCGAAGUGCCUACGAUUCUGGAACAAGGUGUAACGGCCAUCCAUCACAGGCGAUUUGCAUUUGUCAUGAAUUACUACAGGAAGCUUGGUGAUAUAACAAGCUCC